AUGGCGGAUACAGUAUCAAGGGCAAGGAGCGAGGCAAGAAAAAAGAAAAUUUUAGAGAAUGCUGAGAAGAGAAUAAAUCGCCUUUAUAGUCGACAAACAGGAGAUCAGGAAAAAGACCAUGAAGGAGACACUGAGAACAAAUCAGCUGAGAGUGGAGAAUGGCAGUGUGACAAGUGUGGUAACAUCAAUUUUGGAAGCAGAAAGGCCUGUUUAUUAUGUAGAGGCAAACAAAUGACAGAUGAGAAAAACAUUUCAGACAGACAGCAUGAGAUUGAUCAAAGUAUGAAAAACAUAGAAGAAACUGCAGAAAAAUCAGAGGCAGGAGAUUCACAAGAAAGACCCCUGUCAAUAUCUAGGCCUUAUCAAAGCGAAGUCCGGCAACGAAAGAGUCCUAAUACUGUAAAGUUACAAAGAGUAGAUGUCCAACGUGAAGCCAACCAGGUGCCAUUACCUCAGUCAACCAACGUCCAACCUUCCUGGAAAUCUACAUACUCCCAGGGUCAGCUGUUUGAAAUGUAUCGCAUACUGGGCUGCAUUUUGAUAGCAUUUGUCAGUCGAAUGGUCUUAAAAUCUGGAUAUGGAUUAUUUUAUUUUGAGACAAUAUUUUUACCUUUUACUGCCUUUCAAACAGGCUUGCAUCUCUUCAAAAACAAUUUUUUAAAGGAUGUGCAUAUAUACCAAAGACAAAACAUCAUGUCUACUGCCUUAAUGUUGUGUGGUAUUUCACCCCACCUGAUCCAUACUUACAGCAGAAUCAUGGGAUAUGUCAAAGCCAUGACUGAAGAUCUCUUUUUCUUCUUGUUUGUGUUUUUUGCAUGUGGAUUUUUUAUAUGAGCCAAAUAUAAUUGUAAAAUAAGUAA